AUGAUGCUGCGUCUCUCCAAGUGCGUGCAUCUGCCCAGCACAUCCUCCACCCGAGCCGUGCACGCGUCGGCAUCUGACGACAUCCGCAGUUCUUUCCUGCGUUUCUUUCAAGCGCAAGGCCAUCACGUAGUACCGAGCGCGUCGCUCGUCCCACCGGAUAAUGACUCGUCGCUGCUGUUUGUGAAUGCCGGUAUGGUGCCAUUUAAACAGGCGUUUCUCGGUCUAGAUGGUGGAGCAGAGUCGCGAGGUUUCUCGAGAGCCACGUCAGCACAGCGGUGUGUGCGAGCUGGAGGCAAGCACAAUGAUUUGGACCAAGUAGGACUCACGCGCCGCCACCACACGAUGUUUGAGAUGCUGGGCAACUUCAGUUUCGGAGAUUAUUUCAAGGAGCAGACAAUUGCCAUGUGCUGGCGCUUUUUGACGGAGGAAUUGGAUCUUUCUGUUGACAGACUGCACGUCACGGUGCUUAAAAGCGACCUGGAGACUUGUCAAUUGUGGAAGCAGAUCUCUGGACUGCCUGAUCACAAGAUUCGGAAACUAGACGAGCGUGACAAUUUUUGGGCUAUGGGCGACUCGGGUCCGUGUGGUCCAUGCUCCGAGGUGUUUUGGGACUUGGGAGAUCACAUUAACGACCCAGACGAGCGCUUCUUGGAGCUUUGGAAUCUCGUCUUUAUGCAGUUCUUCCGCAAUGAAGGCUCCAGCAAGCUGCAAGCGCUUCCUACUUGUUGUGUCGAUACUGGAAUGGGUCUUGAGCGUUUGGCAUCAGUUCUUCAAGGAGUCCCUUCCAAUUAUCAUACGGAUAUGUUCGUGCCCUUGUUGGAAGAGGUUGCAUCUGUGCUGGACGCCCGACGGUCAUCCACUUCACGUCCGUCCUUUUCCACUAUGCUUGAAGAGGAAAUCGAUCCGCGCAACAAUCUGUUCGGAACUGGAAAGGAGAUUCAGACUCUCCGAGUUAUUAGUGAUCAUCUCCGCGCAACUUACGCAUUGCUGCACGACGGCGUAUUCCCGUCAAACGUUGGUCGUGGCUAUGUGCUACGACGCAUCAUCAGACGAGCCAUUCGGCACGCCCAACAACUUGAUGUCGUAAGUGGUACGGACAGCACUUUGGCUUCUGUUGUAGUUCCAGCUUGGGCAGAGACAUCAGGCUUUCAGCAAAUGCGUGCAGUCGUGCUGAACGAAGAGAAAGCAUUUGGAAAAAUGCUGCAUGACAACCGAGGUGUCAUCGAGAAAGUGUUUUCCAAGACGAACACAAUAUUGUCGGGUGCCGAUGCUUUCCGACUUUACGACACCUACGGCAUCCCGCUUGAUAUCACACAGGUGUUAGCCGAAGAAAAAGGUCUCGCCGUUGACGUUGAGGGAUACAAGACGAUUGUAAAGAAUCAAAAACAGCGAAGCAGUGACUGCGGUAUAUUCACUGGACAACAGAGAAAGCCGUCACGGUGUGCAAAGCAGUCAUCAGCUGUCCAGGAGAAAGCCGCGGUAAGCACGUUUGUGGGUUAUCAACAGCUGAGCGUACGAGAUGCUCGUAUACUGGACAGUUGGCCACAUUUGAAUGACAAGGACGAGGUGCCAACUGGAUUUAGCGUGAUUCUCGAUCGCUGUCCAUUUUACCCAGAAGGAGGAGGCCAAGCAGGAGACCGUGGACGUCUGGUGAUUAUUUCUGCAGACGGUACGCAACGAACCAGUAUUUCAGUUGAUGACGCGACGAAGGUGCACGGGGAGGCUAUUGCUCUCAACUGCUCGCUGCCACAGGGGAUGGCGUUUGCGGAUGUUACAGGUCUGCUGUUUCCAGCUGAUAACUCAGGGCCUAUCGUGGAAGCACAUGUGGACCGCAAGUUCCGUUCUGGUUGUGCAGUGCAUCACACAGCAACGCACUUGCUGCAGCGUGCACUCAAGGUGGAGUUGGGUGAGCACGUCACGCAGGCUGGCUCGCAAGUUACGAGUGAUCGUCUUCGUUUCGAUUUUACUCAUUUUGGGGCCCUUUCUGUUGAGGAACUUGCAAGCGUGGAAGCAAGGGUCAACCAGUUUGCAGCUGCUGAGUUGGAUGUGAGAACGGUUCAAUUAACGCGAAGAGAAGCUGAGUGCAGUGGUGCCAUUUGCAACUUUGGUGACAAAUAUGGAGAUAUCGUGCGUGUCGUUCAUGUCGGUGGUUGUGGUGAUGCCACGGAAGCUGGAGCGGCUGAUAUGCCUGUAUCGAGCGAGUUUUGCGGCGGAACGCACGUGUCUAACGCGCGUGAGGUAUUUCCCUUUGUACUGGUCAGCGAGGGAUCAGUAGCUGCCGGCACACGACGUGUGGAGGCUGUGGCGGGAUUCGCUGGUGCAAGAUACUUACAGGCGAAGGCGCAGACGCUAAGCGAGGUAGCGGAUCAGUUGUCAACCACGCCUGCGAAGGUUGUGGAGCGUGUCACAAAGAUGCAGAAACAGAUGAAGCAGCUCGAGAGUCAGCUUCAAGCUCUCGGUGACGCACUGGCCACGCUUCGAUCGACACCAGUUGCAGUGGGUCCCCUAUUCGGAAGUGUGGGCGCGCCUCAAGUGGAGUUGCAUGCCUUGGACGUUGCGGGAGUCAGCGAUACCUCCAAGAUACUCAAACGCCGUGCCGAGUUUCUGGCCAAGCAAUCUGCGCCUGGUACGGUCCUCCUUCUUACGCUUGGCUCGCAGAUUGCGUGUUUCGCCAAUGCGAAUGCAGAAGUUCACGCUGGUAAGCUACUGCAGCAGGUUGUGAAGCCAUUGGGCGGUCGUGGAGGCGGCAACGCCAGGUUUGCACAAGGUUCUGUGCCUGCGGACCUCGUCCCGCUCGAUAUUGCUCGGCAUGUGCUGAAUAAAGCGUAA